GUAAUGCUAACUGCAUCAGUUAGCUAUGGGUCCUAUAAAACUAAUAUUAUUUUUAACCUGGAUAAGUGACAUCUAUACUUUCGGAAAUAAUGAGAAUAGGAAUGAUUAUAUUGAACGUGAUGCUGUUGUGAUAACCGCCUGUGACUUCAAUAACAACGAAUUACCCUUCUGUAAUUUUCGGCAAGAUAGUGCAGAUAACAGUGAUUGGAUUCGUCAUAAGGGUCCCACACCCACAUCUGGCACUGGACCCAGUGGGGACUAUCCUGAUGGCAAUGGCUAUUACAUAUACCAUGAAGCAGAUAAUGUCAGUAACGGACAGAAAGCACGCCUGCUCAGUCCUGUGUUGAGCUCCACACCAGCUCAGAUUUGUGUGCAGUUUCAGUACUACAUGUAUGGUGCAGAUUACAGCAACACUUUGACCGUGCUGGCCAAGCGACCUGGUGCAGAGGAAGUGCUAUGGCAAAAAACUGGGAUGCAGAGUCCAUCAUGGCUUGGAGCAGCUGUUAAUGUGUCCAAACCAGCUGAGCAUUCUGUUGAAAUUGUAUUUGAAGCAAUGCGUGGGUCCUCUUCAUCAUGUGAUACAGCCCUGGACAACAUUAAAAUCACAGAGGGCGCUUGUCCUGGUUGUAUAUCUCAGUGUGACUUUGAUGAAACGGAUAACCUCUGUGGAUGGACAACCAAGGUUUCAGAUCCAGAAUUGGUUGGUUGGAGUUUUUGGAAUGGGCCCACUGACACACCUGGUACAGGUCCUGAUGAUGAUUUCUCCAAACCAGGCUUGGGAUCAUACCUCUUGAUGGAUUCCUUUGAUAGUAUCCCAGGGGCCUCAGCUCAACUGUGGAGUCCAUCUAUACCAGCACCGUCUUCAGACUGCCUACAGCUGAACUUCCAUUAUUAUAUGUAUGGCACUGCAGCAGACAUGGAGCUUACUGUCCAUGUUGUCGUCAAUGGAGGAACACUGGGGAAUCCUGUUUUCAGUCUCAAAGGAAACCAAGGACAGGAUUGGAAGCCUGCAGAGGUUGAAUACAUUACUAGAGGAAAUAUACAGUUUGUAAUUGUUGGUGUAUAUGGAAAUACAGAGAAGACAGAUAUUGCGAUAGACAGUGUGUGUAUCACAGCUUGUGAAGCUGUAAUAUCGACAACUCCAAAGCCUACAACACCUAUUUCGACUCCAAAACCUUCAACCCCACAACCAACGACACCUAAUCCAACAACCCCAAGACCCACAACAGCUCAACCAUCAACACCAAAGCCCUCCACACCUCAGCCCACAACUCCAAAACCAAGUUCUCCUACAACACCAACAACACCGCCAGUGAAGUGUCCUCCUGAUGCUGAGUACAUAGAGUGUGGUCCAGCUUGCAUUCCCAGCUGUAAAGAACCCUCCACCAACUGCACUGGCUCCUGUAUCAGUAGCUGCUUCUGCAAGCCAGGUUUUGUGUUCCGGGGAAAAAGCUGUGUUCCCAUUGAAAAGUGUGGAUGUCUGGAUGAAGAUAAUAACUACUACGAGCCGGGAGAGAUUGUCUUUGGCAAUGGCUGCUCCAAGCUGUGUCGCUGUGCAGGCAAUUAUACCUUGGACUGUGUGGACAACACCUGUGACCCCACAGAAGAAUGUCGGCAAGUGGGAGGGAUCCAUGGCUGCUAUCCUAAAGACACCUCGACUUGUAUCGCCACAUCUGAUCCACACUACACCACCUUUGAUAAGCGGUACUAUGACUUCAUGGGCAACUGCACUUACUUAAUGUCAGAGCCAUGCAACAGCACAGACGUGCCUCACUUCGCUGUCUAUGCUGACAAUGAGAAUCGCUACAACAUUCCCACAGUCAGUUAUGUGAGUGCUGUCCAUGUCCAUGUUCAGGGAGUGAAGGUGUCCAUCCUGAAAGGAGGAGUUGUGCAGGUGAAUGGAACCAAAGUGAACAUACCAAUGAGCCCCGCUCCUGGUGUGGACAUCUUCAAACGGGGGACACUCUACACAGUGUCCAUGAACUUUGGUGUGACAGUUCGUUAUGAUGGAAACCACCAUAUGGACAUCAAAGUUAUCAAAGACUAUCAGGACAAGCUUUGUGGCCUGUGUGGAGACUAUAAUGGCAACAUUAAGGAUGACUUCCGUACCCCCACCGGUGAACUGGUCAACAGUCCAACUGAGUUUGGCAACAGCUGGAACACAGACCCUGACUGCAAUAAACGCCCAGUUCCCCCAACCCCCGAAUGCACAGACACAGAAAAAGACCUUUAUGAGAGUCCUGCUUACUGUGGAAUCAUAUUGGACAGCAAAGGCCCGUUUGCUGUCUGUCACCCAAAAGUCAAUCCUAAUAGUUUCUUCCAAAACUGUGUGUUUGACCUGUGUGCAUUGGGUGGCCCUCACUCUGCAUUGUGUGAAGCGAUUGAAGCCUACGUAAACGAGUGUCAGGACCGCGGCGUCCUCAUCGGACCCUGGAGAAACAGUACCUUCUGCCCUCUUGCAUGCCCAGCCAACAGCCACUACAACUCCUGCAUGACUCCUUGCCAGCCCUCCUGUAACCCUCUUUCACCCAGUCACUGCACUGGACCCUGUACUGAGGGGUGUGUGUGUGACCCUGGAUAUUUACUCAGUGGGGACAAGUGUGUGAAGACAGACACAUGUGGCUGCACACAUAAUGGACAAUAUUACCAGCCUGGGGACAAGUUCUACACCAAGGACUGUGAGCUGCUGUGCAGAUGUGAUCCUCCAUUCGUCACGUGCAGUGCUGCUGAAUGUCCUCCCAUGCAGCAGUGUGGUGUGCAGGGAGGAGAAAUAGGAUGCUACCCAGUUGACUCGCAGGACUGUGUUAUUUCUGGUGACCCGCAUUACAACACCUUUGAUGGUAAAUUCUACACCUUCAUGGGUACCUGCACCUACACACUGGCCCGCACCUGCAGAAACAACACUGGCCCCUGGUUCUCUGUGGAGGGAAAGAAUGAAGAAAGAGGAAUAUCUGGUGUGUCAUACCUCAGGAAGUUGUAUGUGACUGUCAGUGGCAUCACUGUGACGAUGAUGAAGAGCAGAAACACUCUGGUGAACGGUCGUAAAGUAUCUCUACCCCACUCUCCCUCUCCUCUAAUCUCUUUAACUUCAGCUGGGCAGUAUGUUAUCCUCACCACUCCUUUUGGUCUGGAGGUGCGCUGGGAUGGCAACCACUACGCUAAGAUCACUGUGCCCAGUACUUACUAUGAUCAGAUGUGUGGAUUGUGUGGAGACUACAACGGAAACCCCAACAACGAUUUUACGAAGCCAGACGGUUCCUUGGCUGGAAGCUCAGAUCAGUUCAGCAACAGCUGGCAAACUGAUAAAGAUGAAGAUGAAACGUGCAAGCCUGAUCUCACACCUGACCCACCAUGUCAACCAAGUCUUGAGGCUGAAGUGUCUAAACCAGAGAAAUGUGGGAAAAUCAAUGACACCAGAGGACCAUUCAGUGAUUGUAUAAAGCUAGUGGACCCUCUGCCGUACUUCCAGAGCUGUGUGUUUGAUAUGUGCCGCUAUAAUGGACUGCUGCAGACUCUGUGUGACCAGCUCCAGGCUUAUACUGAUGCCUGUCUCAGUGCAGGAGCUCCAGUGCACCAGUGGAGGGAGCCAGACUUCUGCCCUCUGGUUUGUCCGCCUAACAGCCACUACUCUAUGUGUGUGAGUUCAUGCCCAGAGACGUGUGUUGGUGUGAGCGGCCCACCUGGCUGUGGACAGAAGUGUGUUGAAGGCUGCAAGUGUGACCCUGGCUUUGUCCUGAGCCACAACAAGUGUGUUCCUCUCAAAGACUGUGGCUGUGUGGACCCUGCUGGCUCCUACCACCCUGUGAAUGAGAGCUGGUACCUGGAAGGCUGUGAACAUCAGUGUGUGUGUGUAAGUGGAAGAAGAACCAUUCUGUGCUCCAACACCAGUUGUUUACCUACAGAGACCUGCCAGCUGCUGGAGGGAGAGUACAUCUGUAAACCGAAUGCUCAACCAUCAACACCAAAGCCCUCCACACCUCAGCCCACAACUCCAAAACCAAGUUCUCCUACAACACCAACAACACCGCCAGUGAAGUGUCCUCCUGAUGCUGAGUACAUAGAGUGUGGUCCAGCUUGCAUUCCCAGCUGUAAAGAACCCUCCACCAACUGCACUGGCUCCUGUAUCAGUGGCUGCUUCUGCAAGCCAGGUUUUGUGUUCCGGGGAAAAAGCUGUGUUCCCAUUGAAAAGUGUGGAUGUCUGGAUGAAGAUAAUAACUACUACGAGCCGGGAGAGAUUGUCUUUGGCAAUGGCUGCUCCAAGCUGUGUCGCUGUGCAGGCAAUUAUACCUUGGACUGUGUGGACAACACCUGUGACCCCACAGAAGAAUGUCGGCAAGUGGGAGGGAUCCAUGGCUGCUAUCCUAAAGACACCUCGACUUGUAUCGCCACAUCUGAUCCACACUACACCACCUUUGAUAAGCGGUACUAUGACUUCAUGGGCAACUGCACUUACUUAAUGUCAGAGCCAUGCAACAGCACAGACGUGCCUCACUUCGCUGUCUAUGCUGACAAUGAGAAUCGCUACAACAUUCCCACAGUCAGUUAUGUGAGUGCUGUCCAUGUCCAUGUUCAGGGAGUGAAGGUGUCCAUCCUGAAAGGAGGAGUUGUGCAGGUGAAUGGAACCAAAGUGAACAUACCAAUGAGCCCCGCUCCUGGUGUGGACAUCUUCAAACGGGGGACACUCUACACAGUGUCCAUGAACUUUGGUGUGACAGUUCGUUAUGAUGGAAACCACCAUAUGGACAUCAAAGUUAUCAAAGACUAUCAGGACAAGCUUUGUGGCCUGUGUGGAGACUAUAAUGGCAACAUUAAGGAUGACUUCCGUACCCCCACCGGUGAACUGGUCAACAGUCCAACUGAGUUUGGCAACAGCUGGAACACAGACCCUGACUGCAAUAAACGCCCAGUUCCCCCAACCCCCGAAUGCACAGACACAGAAAAAGACCUUUAUGAGAGUCCUGCUUACUGUGGAAUCAUAUUGGACAGCAAAGGCCCGUUUGCUGUCUGUCACCCAAAAGUCAAUCCUAAUAGUUUCUUCCAAAACUGUGUGUUUGACCUGUGUGCAUUGGGUGGCCCUCACUCUGCAUUGUGUGAAGCGAUUGAAGCCUACGUAAACGAGUGUCAGGACCGCGGCGUCCUCAUCGGACCCUGGAGAAACAGUACCUUCUGCCCUCUUGCAUGCCCAGCCAACAGCCACUACAACUCCUGCAUGACUCCUUGCCAGCCCUCCUGUAACCCUCUUUCACCCAGUCACUGCACUGGACCCUGUACUGAGGGGUGUGUGUGUGACCCUGGAUAUUUACUCAGUGGGGACAAGUGUGUGAAGACAGACACAUGUGGCUGCACACAUAAUGGACAAUAUUACCAGCCUGGGGACAAGUUCUACACCAAGGACUGUGAGCUGCUGUGCAGAUGUGAUCCUCCAUUCGUCACGUGCAGUGCUGCUGAAUGUCCUCCCAUGCAGCAGUGUGGUUUGCAGGGAGGAGAAAUAGGAUGCUACCCAGUUGACUCGCAGGACUGUGUUAUUUCUGGUGACCCGCAUUACAACACCUUUGAUGGUAAAUUCUACACCUUCAUGGGUACCUGCACCUACACACUGGCCCGCACCUGCAGAAACAACACUGGCCCCUGGUUCUCUGUGGAGGGAAAGAAUGAAGAAAGAGGAAUAUCUGGUGUGUCAUACCUCAGGAAGUUGUAUGUGACUGUCAGUGGCAUCACUGUGACGAUGAUGAAGAGCAGAAACACUCUGGUGAACGGUCGUAAAGUAUCUCUACCCCACUCUCCCUCUCCUCUAAUCUCUUUAACUUCAGCUGGGCAGUAUGUUAUCCUCACCACUCCUUUUGGUCUGGAGGUGCGCUGGGAUGGCAACCACUACGCUAAGAUCACUGUGCCCAGUACUUACCAUGAUCAGAUGUGUGGAUUGUGUGGAGACUACAACGGAAACCCCAACAACGAUUUUACGAAGCCAGACGGUUCCUUGGCUGGAAGCUCAGAUCAGUUCGGCAACAGCUGGCAAACUGAUAAAGAUGAAGAUGAAACGUGCAAGCCUGAUCUCACACCUGACCCACCAUGUCAACCAAGUCUUGAGGCUGAAGUGUCUAAACCAGAGAAAUGUGGGAAAAUCAAUGACACCAGAGGACCAUUCAGUGAUUGUAUAAAGCUAGUGGACCCUCUGCCGUACUUCCAGAGCUGUGUGUUUGAUAUGUGCCGCUAUAAUGGACUGCUGCAGACUCUGUGUGACCAGCUCCAGGCUUAUACUGAUGCCUGUCUCAGUGCAGGAGCUCCAGUGCACCAGUGGAGGGAGCCAGACUUCUGCCCUCUGGUUUGUCCGCCUAACAGCCACUACUCUAUGUGUGUGAGUUCAUGCCCAGAGACGUGUGUUGGUGUGAGCGGCCCACCUGGCUGUGGACAGAAGUGUGUUGAAGGCUGCAAGUGUGACCCUGGCUUUGUCCUGAGCCACAACAAGUGUGUUCCUCUCAAAGACUGUGGCUGUGUGGACCCUGCUGGCUCCUACCACCCUGUGAAUGAGAGCUGGUACCUGGAAGGCUGUGAACAUCAGUGUGUGUGUGUAAGUGGAAGAAGAACCAUUCUGUGCUCCAACACCAGUUGUUUACCUACAGAGACCUGCCAGCUGCUGGAGGGAGAGUACAUCUGUAAACCGAAUGCUCAACCAUCAACACCAAAGCCCUCCACACCUCAGCCCACAACUCCAAAACCAAGUUCUCCUACAACACCAACAACACCGCCAGUGAAGUGUCCUCCUGAUGCUGAGUACAUAGAGUGUGGUCCAGCUUGCAUUCCCAGCUGUAAAGAACCCUCCACCAACUGCACUGGCUCCUGUAUCAGUGGCUGCUUCUGCAAGCCAGGUUUUGUGUUCCGGGGAAAAAGCUGUGUUCCCAUUGAAAAGUGUGGAUGUCUGGAUGAACAUAAUAACUACUACGAGCCGGGAGAGAUUGUCUUUGGCAAUGGCUGCUCCAAGCUGUGUCGCUGUGCAGGCAAUUAUACCUUGGACUGUGUGGACAACACCUGUGACCCCACAGAAGAAUGUCGGCAAGUGGGAGGGAUCCAUGGCUGCUAUCCUAAAGACACCUCGACUUGUAUCGCCACAUCUGAUCCACACUACACCACCUUUGAUAAGCGGUACUAUGACUUCAUGGGCAACUGCACUUACUUAAUGUCAGAGCCAUGCAACAGCACAGACGUGCCUCACUUCGCUGUCUAUGCUGACAAUGAGAAUCGCUACAACAUUCCCACAGUCAGUUAUGUGAGUGCUGUCCAUGUCCAUGUUCAGGGAGUGAAGGUGUCCAUCCUGAAAGGAGGAGUUGUGCAGGUGAAUGGAACCAAAGUGAACAUACCAAUGAGCCCCGCUCCUGGUGUGGACAUCUUCAAACGGGGGACACUCUACACAGUGUCCAUGAACUUUGGUGUGACAGUUCGUUAUGAUGGAAACCACCAUAUGGACAUCAAAGUUAUCAAAGACUAUCAGGACAAGCUUUGUGGCCUGUGUGGAGACUAUAAUGGCAACAUUAAGGAUGACUUCCGUACCCCCACCGGUGAACUGGUCAACAGUCCAACUGAGUUUGGCAACAGCUGGAACACAGACCCUGACUGCAAUAAACGCCCAGUUCCCCCAACCCCCGAAUGCACAGACACAGAAAAAGACCUUUAUGAGAGUCCUGCUUACUGUGGAAUCAUAUUGGACAGCAAAGGCCCGUUUGCUGUCUGUCACCCAAAAGUCAAUCCUAAUAGUUUCUUCCAAAACUGUGUGUUUGACCUGUGUGCAUUGGGUGGCCCUCACUCUGCAUUGUGUGAAGCGAUUGAAGCCUACGUAAACGAGUGUCAGGACCGCGGCGUCCUCAUCGGACCCUGGAGAAACAGCACCUUCUGCCCUCUUGCAUGCCCAGCCAACAGCCACUACAACUCCUGCAUGACUCCUUGCCAGCCCUCCUGUAACCCUCUUUCACCCAGUCACUGCACUGGACCCUGUACUGAGGGGUGUGUGUGUGACCCUGGAUAUUUACUCAGUGGGGACAAGUGUGUGAAGGCAGACACAUGUGGCUGCACACAUAAAGGACAAUAUUACCAGCCUGGGGACAAGUUCUACACCAAGGACUGUGAGCUGCUGUGCAGAUGUGAUCCUCCAUUCGUCACGUGCAGUGCUGCUGAAUGUCCUCCCAUGCAGCAGUGUGGUGUGCAGGGAGGAGAAAUAGGAUGCUACCCAGUUGACUCGCAGGACUGUGUUAUUUCUGGUGACCCGCAUUACAACACCUUUGAUGGUCAAUUCUACACCUUCAUGGGUACCUGCACCUACACACUGGCCCGCACCUGCAGAAACAACACUGGCCCCUGGUUCUCUGUGGAGGGAAAGAAUGAAGAAAGAGGAAUAUCUGGUGUGUCAUACCUCAGGAAGUUGUAUGUGACUGUCAGUGGCAUCACUGUGACGAUGAUGAAGAGCAGAAACACUCUGGUGAACGGUCGUAAAGUAUCUCUACCCCACUCUCCCUCUCCUCUAAUCUCUUUAACUUCAGCUGGGCAGUAUGUUAUCCUCACCACUCCUUUUGGUCUGGAGGUGCGCUGGGAUGGCAACCACUACGCUAAGAUCACUGUGCCCAGUACUUACUAUGAUCAGAUGUGUGGAUUGUGUGGAGACUACAACGGAAACCCCAACAACGAUUUUACGAAGCCAGACGGUUCCUUGGCUGGAAGCUCAGAUCAGUUCGGCAACAGCUGGCAAACUGAUAAAGAUGAAGAUGAAACGUGCAAGCCUGAUCUCACACCUGACCCACCAUGUCAACCAAGUCUUGAGGCUGAAGUGUCUAAACCAGAGAAAUGUGGGAAAAUCAAUGACACCAGAGGACCAUUCAGUGAUUGUAUAAAGCUAGUGGACCCUCUGCCGUACUUCCAGAGCUGUGUGUUUGAUAUGUGCCGCUAUAAUGGACUGCUGCAGACUCUGUGUGACCAGCUCCAGGCUUAUACUGAUGCCUGUCUCAGUGCAGGAGCUCCAGUGCACCAGUGGAGGGAGCCAGACUUCUGCCCUCUGGUUUGUCCGCCUAACAGCCACUACUCUAUGUGUGUGAGUUCAUGCCCAGAGACGUGUGUUGGUGUGAGCGGCCCACCUGGCUGUGGACAGAAGUGUGUUGAAGGCUGCAAGUGUGACCCUGGCUUUGUCCUGAGCCACAACAAGUGUGUUCCUCUCAAAGACUGUGGCUGUGUGGACCCUGCUGGCUCCUACCACCCUGUGAAUGAGAGCUGGUACCUGGAAGGCUGUGAACAUCAGUGUGUGUGUGUAAGUGGAAGAAGAACCAUUCUGUGCUCCAACACCAGUUGUUUACCUACAGAGACCUGCCAGCUGCUGGAGGGAGAGUACAUCUGUAAACCGAAUGCUCAACCAUCAACACCAAAGCCCUCCACACCUCAGCCCACAACUCCAAAACCAAGUUCUCCUACAACACCAACAACACCGCCAGUGAAGUGUCCUCCUGAUGCUGAGUACAUAGAGUGUGGUCCAGCUUGCAUUCCCAGCUGUAAAGAACCCUCCACCAACUGCACUGGCUCCUGUAUCAGUGGCUGCUUCUGCAAGCCAGGUUUUGUGUUCCGGGGAAAAAGCUGUGUUCCCAUUGAAAAGUGUGGAUGUCUGGAUGAACAUAAUAACUACUACGAGCCGGGAGAGAUUGUCUUUGGCAAUGGCUGCUCCAAGCUGUGUCGCUGUGCAGGCAAUUAUACCUUGGACUGUGUGGACAACACCUGUGACCCCACAGAAGAAUGUCGGCAAGUGGGAGGGAUCCAUGGCUGCUAUCCUAAAGACACCUCGACUUGUAUCGCCACAUCUGAUCCACACUACACCACCUUUGAUAAGCGGUACUAUGACUUCAUGGGCAACUGCACUUACUUAAUGUCAGAGCCAUGCAACAGCACAGACGUGCCUCACUUCGCUGUCUAUGCUGACAAUGAGAAUCGCUACAACAUUCCCACAGUCAGUUAUGUGAGUGCUGUCCAUGUCCAUGUUCAGGGAGUGAAGGUGUCCAUCCUGAAAGGAGGAGUUGUGCAGGUGAAUGGAACCAAAGUGAACAUACCAAUGAGCCCCGCUCCUGGUGUGGACAUCUUCAAACGGGGGACACUCUACACAGUGUCCAUGAACUUUGGUGUGACAGUUCGUUAUGAUGGAAACCACCAUAUGGACAUCAAAGUUAUCAAAGACUAUCAGGACAAGCUUUGUGGCCUGUGUGGAGACUAUAAUGGCAACAUUAAGGAUGACUUCCGUACCCCCACCGGUGAACUGGUCAACAGUCCAACUGAGUUUGGCAACAGCUGGAACACAGACCCUGACUGCAAUAAACGCCCAGUUCCCCCAACCCCCGAAUGCACAGACACAGAAAAAGACCUUUAUGAGAGUCCUGCUUACUGUGGAAUCAUAUUGGACAGCAAAGGCCCGUUUGCUGUCUGUCACCCAAAAGUCAAUCCUAAUAGUUUCUUCCAAAACUGUGUGUUUGACCUGUGUGCAUUGGGUGGCCCUCACUCUGCAUUGUGUGAAGCGAUUGAAGCCUACGUAAACGAGUGUCAGGACCGCGGCGUCCUCAUCGGACCCUGGAGAAACAGCACCUUCUGCCCUCUUGCAUGCCCAGCCAACAGCCACUACAACUCCUGCAUGACUCCUUGCCAGCCCUCCUGUAACCCUCUUUCACCCAGUCACUGCACUGGACCCUGUACUGAGGGGUGUGUGUGUGACCCUGGAUAUUUACUCAGUGGGGACAAGUGUGUGAAGGCAGACACAUGUGGCUGCACACAUAAAGGACAAUAUUACCAGCCUGGGGACAAGUUCUACACCAAGGACUGUGAGCUGCUGUGCAGAUGUGAUCCUCCAUUCGUCACGUGCAGUGCUGCUGAAUGUCCUCCCAUGCAGCAGUGUGGUGUGCAGGGAGGAGAAAUAGGAUGCUACCCAGUUGACUCGCAGGACUGUGUUAUUUCUGGUGACCCGCAUUACAACACCUUUGAUGGUCAAUUCUACACCUUCAUGGGUACCUGCACCUACACACUGGCCCGCACCUGCAGAAACAACACUGGCCCCUGGUUCUCUGUGGAGGGAAAGAAUGAAGAAAGAGGAAUAUCUGGUGUGUCAUACCUCAGGAAGUUGUAUGUGACUGUCAGUGGCAUCACUGUGACGAUGAUGAAGAGCAGAAACACUCUGGUGAACGGUCGUAAAGUAUCUCUACCCCACUCUCCCUCUCCUCUAAUCUCUUUAACUUCAGCUGGGCAGUAUGUUAUCCUCACCACUCCUUUUGGUCUGGAGGUGCGCUGGGAUGGCAACCACUACGCUAAGAUCACUGUGCCCAGUACUUACUAUGAUCAGAUGUGUGGAUUGUGUGGAGACUACAACGGAAACCCCAACAACGAUUUUACGAAGCCAGACGGUUCCUUGGCUGGAAGCUCAGAUCAGUUCGGCAACAGCUGGCAAACUGAUAAAGAUGAAGAUGAAACGUGCAAGCCUGAUCUCACACCUGACCCACCAUGUCAACCAAGUCUUGAGGCUGAAGUGUCUAAACCAGAGAAAUGUGGGAAAAUCAAUGACACCAGAGGACCAUUCAGUGAUUGUAUAAAGCUAGUGGACCCUCUGCCGUACUUCCAGAGCUGUGUGUUUGAUAUGUGCCGCUAUAAUGGACUGCUGCAGACUCUGUGUGACCAGCUCCAGGCUUAUACUGAUGCCUGUCUCAGUGCAGGAGCUCCAGUGCACCAGUGGAGGGAGCCAGACUUCUGCCCUCUGGUUUGUCCGCCUAACAGCCACUACUCUAUGUGUGUGAGUUCAUGCCCAGAGACGUGUGUUGGUGUGAGCGGCCCACCUGGCUGUGGACAGAAGUGUGUUGAAGGCUGCAAGUGUGACCCUGGCUUUGUCCUGAGCCACAACAAGUGUGUUCCUCUCAAAGACUGUGGCUGUGUGGACCCUGCUGGCUCCUACCACCCUGUGAAUGAGAGCUGGUACCUGGAAGGCUGUGAACAUCAGUGUGUGUGUGUAAGUGGAAGAAGAACCAUUCUGUGCUCCAACACCAGUUGUUUACCUACAGAGACCUGCCAGCUGCUGGAGGGAGAGUACAUCUGUAAACCGAAUGCUCAACCAUCAACACCAAAGCCCUCCACACCUCAGCCCACAACUCCAAAACCAAGUUCUCCUACAACACCAACAACACCGCCAGUGAAGUGUCCUCCUGAUGCUGAGUACAUAGAGUGUGGUCCAGCUUGCAUUCCCAGCUGUAAAGAACCCUCCACCAACUGCACUGGCUCCUGUAUCAGUGGCUGCUUCUGCAAGCCAGGUUUUGUGUUCCGGGGAAAAAGCUGUGUUCCCAUUGAAAAGUGUGGAUGUCUGGAUGAACAUAAUAACUACUACGAGCCGGGAGAGAUUGUCUUUGGCAAUGGCUGCUCCAAGCUGUGUCGCUGUGCAGGCAAUUAUACCUUGGACUGUGUGGACAACACCUGUGACCCCACAGAAGAAUGUCGGCAAGUGGGAGGGAUCCAUGGCUGCUAUCCUAAAGACACCUCGACUUGUAUCGCCACAUCUGAUCCACACUACACCACCUUUGAUAAGCGGUACUAUGACUUCAUGGGCAACUGCACUUACUUAAUGUCAGAGCCAUGCAACAGCACAGACGUGCCUCACUUCGCUGUCUAUGCUGACAAUGAGAAUCGCUACAACAUUCCCACAGUCAGUUAUGUGAGUGCUGUCCAUGUCCAUGUUCAGGGAGUGAAGGUGUCCAUCCUGAAAGGAGGAGUUGUGCAGGUGAAUGGAACCAAAGUGAACAUACCAAUGAGCCCCGCUCCUGGUGUGGACAUCUUCAAACGGGGGACACUCUACACAGUGUCCAUGAACUUUGGUGUGACAGUUCGUUAUGAUGGAAACCACCAUAUGGACAUCAAAGUUAUCAAAGACUAUCAGGACAAGCUUUGUGGCCUGUGUGGAGACUAUAAUGGCAACAUUAAGGAUGACUUCCGUACCCCCACCGGUGAACUGGUCAACAGUCCAACUGAGUUUGGCAACAGCUGGAACACAGACCCUGACUGCAAUAAACGCCCAGUUCCCCCAACCCCCGAAUGCACAGACACAGAAAAAGACCUUUAUGAGAGUCCUGCUUACUGUGGAAUCAUAUUGGACAGCAAAGGCCCGUUUGCUGUCUGUCACCCAAAAGUCAAUCCUAAUAGUUUCUUCCAAAACUGUGUGUUUGACCUGUGUGCAUUGGGUGGCCCUCACUCUGCAUUGUGUGAAGCGAUUGAAGCCUACGUAAACGAGUGUCAGGACCGCGGCGUCCUCAUCGGACCCUGGAGAAACAGCACCUUCUGCCCUCUUGCAUGCCCAGCCAACAGCCACUACAACUCCUGCAUGACUCCUUGCCAGCCCUCCUGUAACCCUCUUUCACCCAGUCACUGCACUGGACCCUGUACUGAGGGGUGUGUGUGUGACCCUGGAUAUUUACUCAGUGGGGACAAGUGUGUGAAGGCAGACACAUGUGGCUGCACACAUAAAGGACAAUAUUACCAGCCUGGGGACAAGUUCUACACCAAGGACUGUGAGCUGCUGUGCAGAUGUGAUCCUCCAUUCGUCACGUGCAAUGCUGCUGAAUGUCCUCCCAUGCAGCAGUGUGGUGUGCAGGGAGGAGAAAUAGGAUGCUACCCAGUUGACUCGCAGGACUGUGUUAUUUCUGGUGACCCGCAUUACAACACCUUUGAUGGUCAAUUCUACACCUUCAUGGGUACCUGCACCUACACACUGGCCCGCACCUGCAGAAACAACACUGGCCCCUGGUUCUCUGUGGAGGGAAAGAAUGAAGAAAGAGGAAUAUCUGGUGUGUCAUACCUCAGGAAGUUGUAUGUGACUGUCAGUGGCAUCACUGUGACGAUGAUGAAGAGCAGAAACACUCUGGUGAACGGUCGUAAAGUAUCUCUACCCCACUCUCCCUCUCCUCUAAUCUCUUUAACUUCAGCUGGGCAGUAUGUUAUCCUCACCACUCCUUUUGGUCUGGAGGUGCGCUGGGAUGGCAACCACUACGCUAAGAUCACUGUGCCCAGUACUUACCAUGAUCAGAUGUGUGGAUUGUGUGGAGACUACAACGGAAACCCCAACAACGAUUUUACGAAGCCAGACGGUUCCUUGGCUGGAAGCUCAGAUCAGUUCGGCAACAGCUGGCAAACUGAUAAAGAUGAAGAUGAAACGUGCAAGCCUGAUCUCACACCUGACCCACCAUGUCAACCAAGUCUUGAGGCUGAAGUGUCUAAACCAGAGAAAUGUGGGAAAAUCAAUGACACCAGAGGACCAUUCAGUGAUUGUAUAAAGCUAGUGGACCCUCUGCCGUACUUCCAGAGCUGUGUGUUUGAUAUGUGCCGCUAUAAUGGACUGCUGCAGACUCUGUGUGACCAGCUCCAGGCUUAUACUGAUGCCUGUCUCAGUGCAGGAGCUCCAGUGCACCAGUGGAGGGAGCCAGACUUCUGCCCUCUGGUUUGUCCGCCUAACAGCCACUACUCUAUGUGUGUGAGUUCAUGCCCAGAGACGUGUGUUGGUGUGAGCGGCCCACCUGGCUGUGGACAGAAGUGUGUUGAAGGCUGCAAGUGUGACCCUGGCUUUGUCCUGAGCCACAACAAGUGUGUUCCUCUCAAAGACUGUGGCUGUGUGGACCCUGCUGGCUCCUACCACCCUGUGAAUGAGAGCUGGUACCUGGAAGGCUGUGAACAACAGUGUGUGUGUCUAAAUGGAAAAAUCAUCCACUGCUCCAAAACAAAUUGUCUACCUACAGAGACCUGCCAGCUGCUAGAUGGAGAGUACAUCUGUAAACCAAAAGAGCCUACAGGUCCAGCAGUCUGCUCUGUGUCUGGGGACCCUCACUACACCUCCUUUGAUAAGAAGGUCCAUCAUUUCAUGGGCUCCUGCUCCUAUACCCUCACCAAGCCCUGCAAUGAAACAUCAGGGAUUCCAUACUUCACUGUUGACACUCAGAACGAACAUAGGAGCAAUAACAAGAAAGUGUCCUAUGUGAAAUCAGUCAUCAUCAAUGUGUAUGGAAGUAAGAUUAUCCUGGACAAAGGCCGUAAAGUCCAGGUAAAUGGAGUUCAGGUGACAGUGCCCAACAGUCUGACAAAUGAUGUAAAGAUCUUCCUCAGUGGAAAGUUUGUAGUGCUGGAGACAAACUUUGGCCUGCGUGUUCGCUUUGAUGGCAAUCACCACGCCGAUGUCAGUCUUCCCUCCUCUUACAAAGGCUUGUUGUGUGGAAUGUGUGGAAAUUACAAUGAUAACCCAGUGGAUGACAACAUUAUGUCAGAUGGCAAGCCUACAAGCAACACCAAUGAGCUUGGAGUGAGCUGGAAGGUGCCUGAUGAUAGACCUGACUGUACUCAUGAAGGUGGAGAUAUUGAAUGUAAUAAAGAUAUUGAGAGUGAAGCUAAGAAACCAACCAGUUGUGGAAUGAUCACUGAUCCUGAUGGAAUCUUCAAAGCUUGCCAUAAUGUUGUGCAGCCUAACCCAUACUUUGAGAACUGCGUGUUUGACCAGUGUGGCACAGGUGGCUCUCCAGUGUCCCUCUGCCAGGCUAUUGAGAGCUAUGCUGACUUGUGUGCCCAAGCUGGGGUGCCAAUUAACUGGAGAAACAACACUUUCUGUCCCCUGAAAUGUCCUGUUGGCAGUCACUAUGAGUACUGUGCUACUGCAUGCCCCCCCAGCUGUCAGGAUCCUGGCUCAGCCAGCACAUGCACACAGCCAUGUGUAGAAGGAUGUGUUUGCAACAAAGGACUGAUAUUGAGCGGAGACAAAUGUGUGCCCUUCAGUCAGUGUGGCUGUACCGAUAAGAACAGCAACUACAGACCUGUGGGCGAAAGCUGGUUUACUAAAGAUGACUGCUCUGAACGCUGCAUGUGUUAUCCUUUAAACAAUGUGACGUGUGAAGCAUGGAACUGUAGCCCUGCACAGGAGUGUAAAGUUCACGAAGGCCAGCUGGGCUGUGUGGAUACAGGAGUGGGCAUUUGCCACAUAGCUGGUGAUCCUCAUUACUACACCUUUGAUGGUAUCAUGCACACCUACAUGGGCACGUGUACCUACACUUUGGUGGAAGUGUGCAACACCUCCAUGGUGACUCCAUUUACCAUUGUGGCCAAGAAUGAAGAGCGUGGCCAGCCUGAAGCCUCCUACAUUCGAUCUGUCACUAUUUACCUUCCAGGAGCCAAUGUCACACUGAGCAAGAGCAAGAAAGUACUGCUCGAUGGCCAAAGGAUCCGUACCCCCAUGGACAUUGCUAUAGCCAACGCCAGGGUGUUCACCAGUGGAGUGAACAGCGUGCUGUCCACUGAAUUUGGCCUCAUUGUCCAGUUUGAUGGUGUUCACCAUGUAGAGAUCACUGUACCUGGAGACUACUUCAACAAGGUGUGUGGUAUGUGUGGUAACUACAAUGGUAAUUCGGGUGAUGACAACUUGAUGCCAGAUGGCCAGCCUGCUAAAGAUGUCAUAGAGUUGGGUAACAGCUGGAAGGCAGAGGGAGACAGUGAUCCAGGAUGCCAGCCAGACAGACGUCCAGAUGUCCACCCGAACUGCACAGCCAAGGAAGAGGAGGCCAUCAGGGAUCAGUGUGAGAGCAUCAUCUUGUCAAACCAGUUCAAGCCCUGCCACUCACUCAUCCCUCCAGAACCUUUCCUGGGGAACUGCAUCUAUGACAUGUGCGAGUAUAAUGGCAUGCAGUCCACACUGUGUAACAACGUGGAAGCCUAUGCCCAGGCCUGCCAGAGUGCUGGUGUCACCAUCAGCUGGAGAAACAUUACCUUCUGCCCUCUUCCGUGCCCCCCAAACAGCCACUACUCAGACUGCACACCUCCAUGCCCUCCCACCUGUGCAGACCUUUUCCCUAUUUUCUGCCCCAUGCCACCAAAUAGCUGUGUGGAGGGCUGCCAGUGUAACGCAGGCUUUGUGCUGAGUGACGGAAAGUGUGUAUCGCUUUCCAACUGUGGAUGUGUGGACGAAAAAGGAGAAUAUCAUGACGUUGGGGAUUCUUGGGUGACAGAACACUGUGCCCAGAAGUGCACAUGCAGUCAGGGAGGGUUACUGAGCUGCAAGGCCUUUCAGUGCACCUCUAGCUCCAUUUGUGCCCUGAACAAUGGUGGCGAGCGCUACUGCAAACCUGAGCGUUUUGACAAGUGCAUCAUUUCUGGAGAUCCGCACUACCGCACCUUUGAUAAUUUAAAUCAUCACUACCAGGGCCCGUAUACGUACGUGCUAACCAAGGACCAUGAGCUACCCAGCUUCCUCACACCCCUUACCGUGAGGGGUAAGAAUGCCCGCAGAGGUGGCAGCAGCCGUGUCUCCUACUUGCACGAGGUUUAUGUGCACGUGUACGAUGUCAACGUACGCAUGCUCCAGAAGAAGGUGCUGCUGGUUAAUGGUGAGCGUGUGUCCCCUCCAUUGAGUCCUAACCAGGGUAUCAAGAUCACAUUGAACUCCCGCUACCUACAGCUCACAACUGAUUUUGGCCUUAGCGUGCGCUUUGACGGCAACAUGCAAGGAGAGGUGAUUUUGCCAAGCACAUACAAGACAUAUGUGCGUGGUCUUUGUGGAAACUAUGACGGUCGCACUAAUAAUGAGUAUAUGAAGCCUGACGGCAGCCUGACCCGCAACCUCAAUGAGUUUGGAGAUAGCUGGGGAGUGAGUGACAAGCAAGGAGAGGUCCACACCUCAAACCUGCCCAGUCUCACCCAUAUGCACAAGAGAGAGGUGGAAGGAGAUUUGGACUCAGGCUUUGAGACACUCGGAUGCACUGAAGCUGAGCUGGAGGAGCUGUACGGGAAGAAUCUGUGUGGAGCAUUGAGUGACCCUGCAGGGCCCUUUGCUCCCUGCCAACCCAUCAUUGUGCCUGAUCAGUUCCUGCAGGACUGUGUGUUUGACUUGUGUGCAGAGCAGAGAAAUUCCACACUGCGCUGUGAAACCUAUGCUGUUUAUGCCCUGGCUUGCCAGGAACAGGGAAUUACAUUAGGUCCUUGGAGAACACAGCUAGAUUGUGGUCUGACAUGUGGUGCCAACAGUACCUACACAACCUGCAUGACUGCAUGUCCAGCAUCAUGUGCAGACUUAGCAGCACCCUCGGAGUGCGAGCAAACUUCAUGCUUAGAGGGAUGUCAGUGUAAUCCUGGAUUUACCAUGAGUAAGGACAAGUGUGUUCCUUACAAUGAGUGUGGAUGCACCUACUUGGGCCGCUACUACACUCUGAAUGAUACAUUUGUGACUGAGGACUGUGCUCAGAGCUGUGAAUGUACACCCACUGGUGCUGUUUGUCAGCCCAAAGGCUGCACAGAAAAACAAGUCUGUACCAUCUCGGGCAGCGUACGUAAUUGCUACAACUUGAACCCAUGCACAAGCUCACCAUGCUUGAACGGUGGCACUUGUGUCAAUGGCGUGGACUUCAGCUACACCUGCGUAUGUCCUGAAGGCUAUAAUGGGAGCAAUUGUGAGGAUAAAACAGUCCUAGUGAACCCAUGCACAAGCUCACCAUGCUUGAACGGCGGCACUUGUGUCGAUGGCGUGGACUUCACCUACACCUGCGUAUGUCCUGAAGGCUAUAAGGGGAGCAAUUGUGAGGAUAAAACAGUCCUAGAUCAGACAAGCAUUAUUCUGAUUGGAGUCUUGGUACCACUUGCCCUCAUCAUCAUCAUCACAACAAUUGUGUGCGUCUGCAAGAAACUACACAGAAAAAACUAUUAUGAUACCAGUAGCAAUAACAGUCUACCACUGGGAAAUAAAGAUCUUCCCUAUGAAAAUCUGGAUAACAGCAGGAAGAGUGUGGACAGUACAGUGUUAAAGUCUUCCAAUUUCUGAAUCAGCCAUACUUUCCAAUUUAGAUAUGAUUUCAUUUUGUAUUUAUUGAAAUGUGAGUGUUUCAGGAAUUAACACGUGAAUAAGAACUACUCAAUUACAUUUGCCAAUUGUGAAAUUGUUUUGUAAUCAUCUUUCAUAACUUAUUUGUAAACCUUAUUGUAAUUGUUGGUACAAGGUGCAAUAAUCUACUGACUUAAAUGAAGCAAUACGCUGUUUUUUUUUUUGAAUGCUGUAUGUUGUUGUUUUAAAAAUAUAAAUAAAUAAAU